AUGGCAAUUGCUCGCGAGCACGACGAGUACCUAGAAGCCCAACUAGCAACCCUCCCGCACCUCCCCGCUAUCGAGCGACUAACACCGAGAGUGAUCCGCAUCCUAGGCGGGAACCCCUCAAAAGUAUGAUGCCUUCCCCUCAAACCGAGCAACCCCCCCCCCCAAAAAAAAAUCCCGGCUAAUCCACAAACCCCAUCAAGUACCACCUCCAAGGCACAAACACCUACCUCCUAGGCACCGGUCGCGAACGUCUCCUGAUCGACACAGGCCAGGGCGUACCCAUCUGGAUAGAAACCCUCUCCGACGUGCUAACCCGCGAGAACGCCAUCGUGACGCAAGCCCUCCUAACGCACUGGCACCUCGACCAUGUAACGGGUUCCCGCGAUCUCCGCAGGUUGAGCCCGAGCACAAGGUACUACAAGAACUCGCCGGACGACGGGCAGGAGGAUAUCCACGACGGUCAGGUAUUCUCCGUCGAGGGCGCUACCGUUCGAGCGCUGCAUACGCCCGGUCACACCUUUGACCACAUGUGCUUCCUCUUCCAAGAGGAGGACGCGAUAUUCACGGGCGAUAACGUCCUGGGGCAUGGGACGACGGUCUUCUCGGAUCUUGGGGCUUACAUGAAGAGUUUGCAGAGGAUGCUGGAUCAGGGUAUGACGGGCGUCGCGUAUCCCGGGCACGGUGCGCUGAUUGGGGAUGCCAGGAAGAAGAUUGCAGAGUAUAUCCGCCAUCGGAUGCGCAGGGAGGAACAGAUCGUCAAGGUCUUGGAGGAGAAGAGGAAUUCCGGGGGAGACUUGGCGUUGUCCGCGCUGGAUAUCGUCAACGUGAUUUAUACCUCUGUUGGGCCGGAAUUGCGUCUCGCGGCGGCGAAGGGUGCUGUGCAGGUUCUGGAAAAGUUGGAGGCCGAGGGGAAGGUUGGAAGGGAGGACUGUGGGGAGCAGAAGAAGUGGUUUUCAGCCGACCAACCGAGUCUGUAG